UUUUCACAAGAAACUUUUUUGACGGUUGUUUGCGUGUCUUUCGGCGAUUUUGACAAUUAAGAUUUUUACAGAUUCCAAUGGAAACGUAAACUUUUUGUUACGAACAAAGUUAGAACUCUUACUUAAAAAAUUUAAAGAAAUUAGUAAAGUUUGAAAAAAUGAAGUCGAGUAAAGUGUAUUUACCUCUAACUUCAAUGCUUACAUUGAUUCUCUGCAGAUUUCCGGCGUCUUUAGCUGCCAAAACGAAUUUUGUUACUUGUGGAUCAAUAAUUAAGCUUCUCAACUCUGAUUAUGGCUCUCGCCUGCAUUCACACGAUGUUAAAUAUGGGUCUGGUUCGGGACAACAGUCGGUAACAGGCGUUGAUUUGAAAGAAGACGUAAAUAGUCAUUGGGUCAUAAAGGCUCCAACAAAUAAACAAUGCGAACGUGGCGAACCUAUACAAUGCGGCGAUACUAUCCGUUUAGAACAUUUGACAACCAAAAAGAAUUUACAUUCUCAUCAUUUUUCUUCACCGUUGUCUGGAGAACAGGAGGUAUCUGCUUAUGGGGAAGAUGGUGUAGGCGAUACGGGAGAUCAUUGGGAAGUGGUGUGCACCAACGAUGAGUGGGUGCGUGAUGCUCACAUUAGAUUACGGCAUUUAGAUACAGGCAGUUAUUUGGGUAUUUCUGGACGAUCGUUUGGAAGACCGAUUUCGGGGCAAAUGGAGGUGGUCGGUUUUAGUAGUCCGCAACACGGUUCUCGGUGGACAACAGCGGAAGGAUUGUUUAUCGUACCAAAGGAUAAGGAGUCACAUGCUGAAUAUGCACAUACGGAACUCUAAGAGAACUGAGAUAAAUAUAUGAGUUAGUAAUUAGUUGAAUUUGAAUUUAGUUUGUUGCAAAUAAUGACAACAUACAUUCGCCCACACUGAAGUAAUGAUCAAGUCUUGUAAGAAAACCAAAUAAAUACACUUUGUGUGAAAAAAAUUUAAAA